GGAGUCCCCGUGACGAGUCAGAACCCCCCUCAACGGGGCCCGCGGUGGGGCGCACAGGACGCUGGCCCUGGGCCGCGGAGAGGAGAGCCCUCAGCUGGACGGGGCAAGUGGGAGCCCAGAGAGGACAACCCCGCCCCCUGGUCAUGUGCUGCCCUGCCUGGGUGGCCUUGGCGUUUGGGUCCUGGGUGCACACAUUGUGUGUGUGCGUGUGUGAGUGUGAUGAUGUGUCAGCGUGACCGUGCCUGCACUGCGGGGACACGGAGAGCUGUGUGAGCUCCCACUGCCUGCCUGCCCUGGGAGCGCAGUGCUGGGGGGCCUGGCAGGGAGCCGAAGAGCCUCAGGGUCUCAGGGACCCCAGCCCAGGUCGUGCCUCCCUCCCUCCCUCUGGCAUGGCUCGUCACUGGCCUUCACUGGAGAUUUUUGGUUUUCAUUCUUUUAUGGAGAAAGAUUCUGGGAAGAGGAAGGGGGAGGAGAAACUGAAAGGAGAGACGGAACCAAGAGGCGCUGCGGCCCCGCCCCUCCAGCGCCACCUAGCGCCCGCUCUGUGCCGGGCGGGACAGGCUGAGCGCUCUACUCUUCACUGGCUGUGUGACUUCUGAGUUAUUCAGCUUCUCCGAGCCUUGGUGUGUUCAUCAGUGUCGUGGGGGUGACACAGGUUCACACGUCAGGGGGUGUUAGGAUGGUGACGUGGGGUGGUCCUCGAGAAGCACAGAGUCUGGUCCCCACGGUGAGUGCCCGGUGUGCUCCAUGCGAGUUGACGACUUGCUGAGCUUGUUCAUUAGCGUCCUAGUCUGUGAGAUGGAGGUAAAGCAACGCCUGUGGGGUUUAAUGAGCUGUCGGGUGAGACUUGGCUCUGCACCAGUGCAGGGCUGCGGGGUAGUGAUGAUUACUCUGACCUGUGCCCAAGCUGCCUGCCCAGGGCACUGGGGCUACCCAUGAAAGGUCCUGCUAGCCCCUGGAGGCUGUGUGUGUGUGUGUGUGUGUGUGUGUGUGUGUAAAUAUACACGUGAGUCAGUGUGUGUGUAUGAGUACAUUUGAGUGCAAGCAGGCAUGUGUGAAAAUGAGUGCAUGUAUAAGAAUGAAUGUGAGCGUGUACAUGUGCGAUGAGUGUGUGCAUACGUAUGCGUGUGAGCCUGUGUGAGCAAGUACAUGUGUAUGUGCGAGUGCAUGUGUGUACGUGUGCACGUAUGAUUAUAUGCAGGUGGGUAUGUGAGAGUGUGUCUUCGGGCGUGAGUGUAUAAGCGUGCAUGCAGGCCUGUGACGAAUGAGUGUGUGCAUAGGUGUGAGUGAGUGCACUGGGGGACCUGGUCUCUUCUCCCUCGGGGCUGGGACCCCCCAGACCCUCCUCACCCUGCAGCUCCCACACAUGGGCGGCCUGGUCACCACUGACAGAACCCCGACCCUGUGGUCCCACGAGGUGCCAGCUCCCUCACCACAGCUAAGACCGCACCUGCGGGUGCAGGAGAGGAGAGCCGAGGGAACCCUGCCCUCCAGCGCCUUCCUCAUGCACCUUCCAGGCAACCUGGUGCACAGGCUCACACCGGUACACACGCGUGUGCACACACAGAACCUUCUGCCUUCGGGCCGUGCGGCUCAUGCACACAUCCUGUCUGGGUGCACCGUGUGUGACAAUGACCGAGUGUGCGGAGCCACGGCUCAUGUGUGGGCCUGUGCAGGGGAUGUGACCACACACCCCAGAGGCUUGCAGCUCCAAGGCAGGUGGAAGCCACAGAGCCUGCGCUUCCUGGAGACCAACGGAGCUGUCUCUGUGGGAAAGAGCAGCUUUCUCCGGCCUGUUCUGCCCUCACCCCUACAGCCUCGGGCCUUGGGUCACACAGACCAAUCGCAGCUGAGAGAGUAGGUGGGGGUGGGCACGGAGCAGAGACUGGGGAGCGUGCCUAGCACUGUGUUCCUGGGCAGGUCCCAACCCAGCUCACCCAGUGGUGCAGGGCAGGGCCGGGCGGCCAGAGGAUAUCCGGCCAUCAGGAUGAGCUUCCCCUUCGAUGGUCCAUCUUCUGGAGAAGGGCGGUGGAUGUCUGUUCCUGAAGCAGGGACAUUCCCAGGGGAGGUGAAGGUGGAACACGACCAGGCCUGCUACAACCCACCUUCCCCACCCAAGGUCAGCCCGUGGACACCCAAGAGCCCUCCUCCUGCCCGCAGAGGGACGGAGGCCAGGUGAGACUGAGCCCUUCACAGGCCUGCACCUGCCUGGCCACCGAGCUGACCAGGGUGGGACCGCGCGCCACCCCGGCUCCUUCCCCAUGCUCGCUCAGGUGUGGAGCCAGGACGAGGGGUGGGCCCCAUCAUCCUCAGCUCUGCCUCUGGCACCCCCUGCCCCACACAGAUGCCAGGUCUCCUUACAGAUGGGGAAGGAGGCGAUGGAGCAGGGUGGGGCUCUGUUUCAGCUUCCUGCGCCUUCCAGGCAACGUGCAGUCCCCAGCACCCAGCGGGGUCAGCAUUCUACACCUCCUUUGGGACUGCCUGGGUGCCCCCUGUAUGCUGAGCCUGAGCUGGUGGGACCACCUGAAAGAGGGGGCACUUGAGUUAACCCUCUUCCAUUUUUGGAUUGUUCGUUGCUAGUGUAGAGAAAUAGGACUGAUUUUGGUGUAUCCAUCUGGUAUCCUGCCACCUUGCUGAGCUUGUUUAUCAGUUCUAAUCAUUCUUUCUUUAGUGGAUCCCUUAGAUUUUCUAAUCAUCUCAUCUUUGAAUAGUUUUACUUUUUCCUUCCCAACCUGCAUAGCUUUUUUUUUUUUUUUUUGGCGGUACGCGGGCCCCUCACCGCUGUGGCCUCUCCCGUUGCGGAGCACAGGCUCCGGACGCGCAGGCUCAGCGGCCAUGGCUCACGGGCCCAGCCGCUCCGCGGCAUGUGGGAUCCUCCCGGACCGGGGCACGAACCCGCGUCCCCUGCAUCGGCAGGCGGACUCUCAACCACUGCGCCACCAGGGAAGCCCAUGCAUAGCUUUUAUUGCUUCUUCUUGCAUAAUUGUCCUGGCUAGAACCUCUGGUACAAUGUUGAAUAGAAGUGGCAAGAGCUGAUGUCCUUGCCUUGUCCCUGCUUGUAGGGGAAAGCUUUCAGUCACUCACCAUUGUUUAUGACGCUAGCUCUCGGUUCUUUGUAGAUGUCCUUUACCAGGUUGAGGCAGUUCCUCCCACUCCUAGUUGGUUGGGUGUUCUCAUUAUGAAGGAUUGUCAAAUUUUGUCAAAUGCUUUUUCUGCAUCUAUCAGCAUAAGCAUGUUCUUUUUUUUUUCUUUAUUAGAUUGAUAUAAUGUAUUACCUGCUUUGAGUUUUGUUUUUUGGGUUUUUUGUUGUUGUUGUUUUGGCUGUGCCGUGAGGCUUUUGGAUCUUCGUUCCCACACCAGGGAUUGAACCCAGGCCCUGGCAGUGAAAGCGCUGAGUCCUAACCACUGGACCACCACGCAAUUUCCUACCUUUUUUGAAUUUUGAAUGUUAGAUCAAACUUGCAUUCCUAGAAUAAAUCCCACGUGGUGUAGAAUCCUUUUUAUAUGAUGCUGGAUUCAGUUUGCUAGUAUUUUGGUGAGGAACUUUACGCCGACAUUCAUAGGGAUAUUGGUCUGUAGUUUUCUUUUCUUGCGAGGUCUUUGGUUUUGGUAUCAAGGUAACGCCGACCUCUUUUUUUUUUUCUUUUUUUGCGGUACGCAGGCCUCUCACUGUUGUGGCCUCUCCCGUUGCGGAGCACAGGCUCCGGACGCACAGGCUCAGCGGCCACGGCUCACGGGCCCAGCCGCUCCGCGGCAUGUGGGAUCUUCCCAGACCGGGGCACGAACCCGUGUCCCCUGCAUCAGCAGGCGGACUCUCAACCACUGCGCCACCAGGGAAGCCCACGCCGACCUCUUAGAAUGAGUGCCUUGCUCUUCGGUUUGGGGAAGAGUUUGUGAAGGACUGGUGUUCAUUUGAACCACCUCUUGAGGCUUCAUGGCGGCCGAGGAGAUGCACUGGCCCGUCCCCAUGAAGGCCAUUGGUGCUCAGAACUUGCUGACCAUGCCUGGGGGUGUGGCCAAGGCUGGCUACCUGCACAAGAAGGGCGGCACCCAGCUGCAGCUGCUCAAGUGGCCCCUGCGCUUCGUCAUCAUCCACAAGCGCUGCAUCUACUACUUCAAGAGCAGCACGUCCGCCUCCCCGCAGGGCGCCUUCUCGCUGAGUGGCUACAACCGGGUGAUGCGGGCAGCUGAGGAGACGACGUCCAGCAACGUCUUCCCCUUCAAGAUCGUCCACAUCAGCAAGAAGCACCGCACGUGGUUCUUCUCUGCCUCCUCUGAGGACGAGCGCAAGAGCUGGAUGACCUUGCUGCGCAGGGAGAUUGGCCACUUCCAUGAGAAGAAGGAGCUGCCUCUGGAUGCCAGCGACUCCAGCUCGGACACAGACAGCUUCUACGGUGCCAUUGAGCGGCCCGUGGACAUCAGCCUCUCUCCGUACCCCACGGACAAUGAAGACUACGAGCACGACGAUGAGGACGACUCUUACCUGGAACCCGACUGCCCCGAGUCCGGGAAGCCCGAGGAUGCCCUGAUCCACCCACCGGCCUACCCCCCACCUCCGGUGCCCACGCCCAGGAAGCCCGUCUUCUCUGAUGUGCCCCGGGCCCACUCCUUUUCCUCCAAGGGUCCAGGCCCUCUGCUGCCACCUGCACCCCCUAAGCGCAGCCUCCCCGAUGCCGGCCCGGCCCCCGAGGACUCCAGGAGGGAGCUGCUGGGCCCGAGGUGGCUCGAGCCCGGCCCCAGGGUGCCCGCCCCCUCCCGGAGGGUGAGUGAACCCCCACCGGGCGGCCUGCCCGCCGUGCCCAGCCGGAAGCCACCUUGCUUCCGCGAGGACGCCAGCUCUGGCCCAGAGCCCCGGGUCCCUGGCCAUGGCGCCAGCUCUUCCUCUAGCUCUGCCAGCGCAGCUGCUACCACCUCCAGGAACUGUGACAAGCUCAAGUCCUUCCACCUGUCCCCUCGGGGGCCACCCACACCUGAGCCCCCUCCCGUGCCAGCCAACAAGCCCAAGUUCUUGAAGGUGGCUGAAGUGGCCCCCCCAAGGGAGGCAGCCAAGCCCGGACUCUUCGUGCCCGCCGUGGCCCCCCGGCCUCCCGCACUGAAGCUGCCCACGCCCGAGGCCACAGCCCGGCCCGCGAUCCUGCCCAGGCCAGAAAAGCCGCCCCUCCCCCACCUCCAGCGGUCACCCCCCGACGGGCAGAGCUUCAGGAGCUUCUCCUUUGAAAAACCCCGGAAACCCGCGCAGGCUGACACGCCGCAGGCGGACGCUGGCGGGGAGGACUCUGAUGAGGACUACGAGAAGGUGCCACUGCCCAGCUCCGUUUUCAUCAACACCACGGAAUCUUGUGAAGUGGAAAGGCUGUUCAAAGCCACGAGCCCCCGGGGAGAGCCCCUGGACGGCCUCUACUGCAUCCGGAACUCCUCCACCAAGGCGGGGAAGGUUCUGGUCGUGUGGGACGAAACCUCCAGCAAAGUGAGGAACUACCGCAUCUUUGAGAAGCUCAGGGGGCUGGCCGGCCCCUCUGACCCUGCCCCACUCCCCACCCAGGAGGCGAAGUUCUACCUGGAGGGCGAGGUCCUGUUUGUGAGCGUGGGCAGCCUGGUGGAGCAUUACCACACUCACGUGCUGCCUGGCCACCAGAGCCUGCUGCUGCGGCACCCCUACGGUUACGCCAGGCCCAGGUGACGCCUGUGCUUGCACGCUACUGGGCAGAGACGGCCACGGGGCCACAGCCCUGGGCCACGCAGAAGGAGACCGGCCUGCACGGGAGAACACGCGGGAGCCAGCACCGUGCUCUGACCCGGGGCCUCCCCGGUGGACACCUCACAGAGAUUGCCAGGCCAGGCCCCGCCCAGCAGGCUGGGUCCCCCGGGGCUCGGCCAGGCCCUGGGCUCCAGGGAAUUGUGUGGGGCUCUCCUGUCUCACCCCGCCCACCUCCCAGGAGCCUAGGACUGAGCCCAGUCUGGACUUGAUUUACAGAAAUUCUGGUACCCCCCGGCACGCCCCCCCGGCACUGGGCUGGGAGCUGGGCAGGGCUGAGGUAUUUGGGGUUGGGCAGGGGCUGGACCCCCAGGAAUGCUACAACACAGGCUCCGAGAGGGGCCGGUGCCGCACAAUAAAGCACAGAUGACCUUUGCCCCGGUGGCCAGGGCUGCACUGGGAAGGGGGCACGCCAGCCUCCAAGUGUUGACUGUAGCAGGUCAGCUCACGGGACCUCUAGGAGGUGGUCUUGUUUUCUAGGCCACAGGGCGCUAAAUGACUUACCCUUGGGUCCGCAGCUGGUAACAGAACAGGACCCAAAAAGUUGGACAAUCUGGGCCCAGAGCCUGUAUCCAGAAUGCCAGGUUCUGCUGCCAGAAGUCAGGUCCAGGGCAGCGAGGCUACAGAGCUAAGAGGCCCCUCACAUCAGUAACUGGGUCAUUCGUUGGCUUAACCAGUGGUUACUGGGAGACAACCGGGCAGAAGGUACGCACAGCGCCCACCGUCCGUGGCAGCGGGGUGUGCAGGGGCUGGGAGCUUGCAACACAGCUGGGGGCUCCAGGAAGACUUCCUGGAGGAAGUGAUGGUUACAGUGCUGCAGGAAGAGUAGGCCCUGUGUCGGCCAGGGGUGGGUGGGGACAGUGGUACCCAGAUGCCCAAGUCGUCUGGUUCAUGCCUGGUGCAGGCCCAGCACCGAUCAUCCCCUUGCUUCCUGUCACGGAAUCCCAGCAGCCUGCUCUCCCUGGCGUGGCCAUCCAGGCUGGAAUGUUUUCUUUUCCUCAUAAAAACAGACUCAACUGGGUGUCAGGGCUGCCAGGGAACCCAGGGUCAUUUGCUCCUCACUGCACUUUGUGUUGGGAAUGAGGAAUUUGCGAUGUAAAAGCCAAGCCACAAGAGCCUAUGUGCCCACUAGCCAUUGAUUAAUGGUCCCAGAGGAAGGCCCUUUGGACGUCCCCUCCUCUGCCCUGGGCAUGUCCCGGGGUGAGGUCGUUGGAGGAGGAGAGAGAAGUCCAGUCAGGUGGGAGGCUCCUGGAGGUGCAGCAGGGAAGACAGCAGCCGUCUCCUCCCAGGAACCGAGUGUCCAGCACCACCUCUACAGAUGUUUCUUCUUCAGCCACCCGGUGGAGUUGGGGAAACCGGAGCCCCUGGUGUUCCUUCCGCAGCAUCUGUGGGAAACCAGCAGUUCCUCCUUCCUGCAGUUGCAGUCCACUGCCCUGAGCCCAAGUGACGCACACCAGUCCCCACUGUGGCUUGCAGUUUCCCUUUCUGUGAAAUCAGAGAAGCAUUUCCAGCAGUUUCUGGGGUCUGCUGUGCUGCUCAUUGCUGUAGGACACAUGACACUAAUGCUUUUAGCUGACACGCAGCCACUUGGCAGCCAGCUCAUACUUGAAGACGCCUGAGCUGGAAGGUUGGGGGGUUCUGGUGUCCAGAGCCAGGUGAUAGGUCCUUCUGGCCACCUGGACAGAUGAGACCUGUCGCUACUAGAGGCCCACCCCAGAGCCCAGCCCAGGGCCUGACGGGACAGCUGCCCUCCUCUGAGUUCACACCCCAGGCCCAGGGCCUCGGUUGCUAGAGUGUGUGUGUGGAGGGUAGUGGGUGGGGCCCCAGGCACAGUCCUCCAGCACACAGGAGGGGCUGGAAGGGGUCCCACUCCCCCGAGACUUGCCAUGAAUGUUCUAUUCCUCACGUAGGGCUGGAGGGUGGUUACCACUGGCUGAGCACUUCCUGUACUCAAGGUGCUGAGCUGCACACUUGACUUAGGUCUAAUAGCAGCUGCCCUCCAGGCGAACUGUUUUACAGGUGAGAAAACCCAGGCUCAGGGAGGCCUGGAUUCCAGACGCAGCCCUGCGAUCUGUCCUUCGCUGCUGAGCCCAGACCCUGGCCCCCGCCUAGCUCCCUGCCACCCGCGUGGCCUCGGACAGCCAUUUUAGGGUGUCUGGUUAGCCUGCCUCCCGGGGUUCUGGGCAUGCCUUCACCCAGCGAGGGGGCCACAGCUCGGGGUGGGGGGGACAAGGCUGACCUGCUUCACUGUUCUGUCCUCCCAGCCGCAGUCUGUGGGUAAACUGAUGGGGGCCCCACCCGAGGUGCUGUGCUGCUCCCUCACCUUACAGAUAGGGAAACUGAGGCUCAGAGAGGCUUCGCUGACCUGCCCAUCCUGAUGGUGAGUCCAUCAUGGUGAUGUCCAUCAUGGUGAGUCCAUCACCAUGAACCAUGGAUGGUUCAAUUCCUGUGCCAGGGAAGAGGGCCCUGGACGCUUUGGGAAGCUUCUCCAAGCUGAGCCCUGAACAUGGUUGUACUUUUCCUGCAGUUCAUCGGAAGGAGUGCAGUGAGCCUCUGUACCUUCUGUUCAUAGAGAGUUUUAUUGUCAAAAGAUGUUUUUAGAACCAGAAGAGACCUCACAAAACAAGCCAGGGUUGCUCCAGUCCCCACGCCAAUUCUGGGUCACAUUGCAUGGACGCCCCCUGCUGGUCCGAGGGGGAACUUCUGGCACCCCAGGCUGAGCACCAGAGGCCUGGGCCCAAGGGGCUUCUCGUCCCGCUGGGCUGCACUGGGCUGGCCUCUGCAGGGCAUGGCAUAGAGGACAGCAAGGCCACCCGGGGAAUAUCAGGCAGAGCUGGCCCUUGAACCAAAUCUGUGUGUCUCUAGAGAGGCAGUGAGGGGCAGGCCGCAGCCUGUCUCUGCCUGUGACUCAGAAGCAGGGAGCCCCUGGCUGGGCAACCUGCACACACAUCGGGCCCCGCUGUCUGUGCCCCGGAGAUGGUUGCUAGUGGCCAUCCCGCAUCAAGCCACCAGCACUCUCUCGGGAGGGAGAGUUGUGGGAUGCAAAGCAGACCUGACCCAUCUGCCUCCCUCAGACUGCUCUUCAGAAACUGCAGAGGCUGCCUGACAGCUGCCCCUGCGUCGCCCUCCAGCUGCAUCCCUGGUCACGCUCUGAGCUACUCAGAGCUGAGGCACCUCCUUUCUCCUUUCAUUUCCGGUGGAAUGAAACACAUCCAGAAAAGUGAACAGAACACAAAUGUACAGCGUAACAAAUUGCUAUGAAGUGAACCAGGCCCCGUGUGCCCUCCCCAGCUCAGCGCCACCCCCUUCCUCUCUCACAACCCCUGCCCUCGCUUUGGGGAGGCUCACAUUCCUGUUUUGUUAUGAAGGCUUCAUCCAUCACAGUGCUUUCCUGUUUUCGGACGUAUGUGAAUGGAAUCAUACAGAUGCAACCUUUGGCGUCUGGCUUCUGCUCGUUACAUCUUUGAGA